CAUCCAUGCCCUCGAGCAGACGUGCAUGCUACGGAGCUGUACUCGAAGCGAAGUAUAGGAAAGAUGGUGCAGCCUACUGUCUUACGGAAGAGACAUUCAUUGAAGGGGUUGAAGCUCUUACCUGUCAUUAAGAAGGUCAGAGGAGGAAGACCAGAGGGUCUGAAAGAAUUUGCGCGCAUGUCUAAGGAAAAAAAGACAGACGUCUUAGAGUUGGAAGAGAUAGAGAAUAUAGUCAACUCAUUGACAGGGGAAAACAUGAUUGAGCUGUUGGAACUAGCUGGAAGAGAUAUUGAUGUUAACGAGGCAAGAUGGUUAUUGCAUUGCUUGAUAAUUUUUGCAAAUGAAGUGGGGCAACCAAGAGGCCAGGCAUUAGAUGAUUCAACGGACCCUAGCACUAGUGCAUCCACAGGGGGAAGCAGUACACCAGUACCUUUAGAAACUGCAGGACCUUCAAAAAAAAGGAAGCAUGAUGUUGAUACAACCUUGGAGGAGAGGAUUUUGUCUUUGAAGAAAACGUCAAAGGGGGAGAUGGUCCAGGAGCUUAAAGAGAAGGUGAGGACACUAUGCCUACAGGAUGAUCCAAGCAAUGCUUUAAUCCUGCUGACUCUUGAUGAACUUGCUAAAGCGGCUAGGAAAUUAAACCAUGAGGAGGCUGACAUGUUUGAAGAGUUGUACAGGCAAGCCAACAGAUAUCAGUCAAAACUUCAAAUUUCUAAUCUGUGUUUGUCUGUGUUAGGUGGGAAAGUAGCAGAUGCAAUUUCGAAAGCAAUUUCUAAGUGUUUGAAAGAUAAACCUGAAACCAAAGCUGAGAGUAAGAAUGAAUAUGUUGAAACACAAAAGCGACCAGAGUCCCCGUUGAAUGGUUUAUAUCCUUGUCAACCUUCUUUGUAUCCUAUGAUGCCCGGCAUGUAUCCCAAUAUGUUCAAUAUGGGGGGGUAUAAUGGAUAUGGAAACCAAGGUUAUCGAGGGGGUAGACAAGGCUAUAGGCCUUAUCGUCCUAAGGGUCCUUGCCAUUUUUGCAACAGCAAUAUGCAUUUGAUAAAAGAUUGUGAGAAAAUGAAGUUGGCUAAAGGAAAUAAGUAGAUGAGAUCAUAA